GUUUGUGCCAAAAAUCGAUUAAUGUGAUAUGCUAAGGAGAUAGAAACGAUUGAUAAAGGUUAAACAAGACGUCAUUAAAUCAAAAGAAAACAAAACAAAACAAAGCACAACUUGAUACUACUAUAAGAAAAGGGUAGUAUUUUCUGCUAACUCAUAUGUCGUAAAAAAAAAAAAGCGGCUCGUAUGAUAUUUAAUGUUUAUUCUCUUACAACAACAAAAAAGAAUAAACUAGUGCUAGUGCUUGUGACAAUGAUUUGUCCAAGAAUACGAUCACUAGACUAUCACAUUUACAAUAUGGAUUUAAAGGCUCUUAUGACUCGAGAAGGACAAAAGCAACCCAUGGUAUUAUCUCAUGCAAAAAGAGAAACAAACAAAAACUCUCUUUAUUUAAAAAAAAGGGAACUUACAAUUGCACCAUUAGCAACAAUCCGGUGGCCUGAUAUACUUUUAAAAAUGGUAGUCUAUUGGACUUCAAAUGUUCCAAUAAGAAAAAGAUAUAAGAGUGUACACUUUUCUAACAAGUGAGAGUGAGUGAUAGUUGCGAAUAAAAUAUACAUGGUAUUUUUUAU